GUCUCCUUUCUUCGCCGCGUAGAUAGAUUCUCUAAUGUUGAGAAAGCGAAUGCCUCUUUCCUUUUCGGGUGUGAGAUGACAUGUAUAUAUACGAAGCUAACAUACGAAGACUUCCCCCCAACCCGGAAGUCACUACCAAGUCAGUGUCAGCAGUUAACACGUGACGUACUUCGGCGUCACCUAUGCCCCUCGGGCACCGGCUCAUCUUCCACCCCCCCCGGGGACAAGGACACUCAAAAUCCGGAGGCCUCACUUCCGGAAGACGACGACGCUUCUUUCCAAGUGGUUGGGAAGCAUAGCAAGAGAGACAAACGG